AUGACAACGACAGCCACAGCAAACACAAAGACACAGGACCAAGAGUUUCCACAGACCCGAAUAGGCCGCCUCCGUCGCCGCCUCUUCCACAAUGACCCGAACGACGACCUAACCCUCCAACCCCACAUUGACGAAAAGCUCACCAAGAAAUCCGAACUCUGGUCCUUCUUCCUCUUCGGAUUCGGUUUCUACUCCUGGGCAAACUCUUGUGCCUCCCUCCUCCUCCCCAUCCUCGUCCAAGGAAUCGCUAGGAAUGCCUCACAUCUCGAGUCGGAUCCUUCGGUCCCCUGUCCGGAGGAUGACCCUGUGAAUGAUCGGUGUUUGGUCCCUUUUGGGUGGAUCAAUGUCACGCCAACGUCAUAUGUGCUUUUGACGAACGUGGUGACCGUUUGGUGUACGAUUGUGUUGACGUUGGGGGUUUCUGCGCUCGCGGAUCAUGGACGGGUGUCGAAGCGGAUUAUGUUGUGCACCUCGACUGCGUUAUGUGUGAUUGCUUGUUUUAUCUUUCUGGGCGCUCUUAAGCCGUCUGUUUGGUGGCUCUCUGCCCUCCUCUUCGUCUUCACGGGAAUCGUGAACGGCCUAACACAAAACUUUUACGACGCCCACAUCCCCAUCCUAACACGCUACCACCCAGAUGUCGUCCGCAUCCAACUCCAGGAAGGCGAAGCAUCCGAAGCCUACAUCGACGCCAAAACUAAAGUUCAAACCUUCCUCUCGGGCGGUUCCUCAGCUGCCGGAUACGCAGGCGGGUUGCUGCUGACAAUCAUCUGCGCAAUCAUGCUCCUCAUGAUCAACGAAGAUCUGGUCACUGUUGGGUACUGUAUCAUCGUCGCCGGUGCUUAUAUUUUUAUUUUCGUCUGCAUUUACGCCAAGUAUGCAGUUCAACGGACCUUCCCUCCACUUCCUGCGGGUUCGCAUUGGGCGACGUACGGAUAUGUCCGGAUCGGGAAGACAAUCUCCAAGGUGCGUCGUCUUAAGACUUUGUUCUAUUUCCUCUGCACAUGGUUCAUCCUUGGUGACGGUCUGGCUGCGUCCUCGAGCAUGGCUAUCCUCAUCGCCCAGGACCAACUCAAACUCGAGUCCUCCUCCAUGAUCAUCGCCGCCCUCAUUCAAAUGAUUGCCGCAGGCCUUGGAAUGAUAUUCUGGAUCCGUCUCCAGAACCGUCAUGGCGUUUCACCUCUAAAAGUCGUCAUCUUCAACACCGUCGCCUUUGGCCUCAUCCCCUGCUACUGUCUCCUGGGACUCAUCGAGGGCUGCCCAAUUGGUCUCAAACAAGAGUGGGAGUUAUACAUGCUUGCCGCGUUCUUUGGUAUCUUUUCGGGCGCCAUUUAUUCCUCCAACCGUGUGGUCUUUGCGCAAUUUAUUCCGUUCGGACACGAGAACGAGUUGUUUGCGUUGUACGAGAUGUCGAGUGUCAGCUCUUCGUGGAUUGCUCCUCUUGUUUGCACAGCCAUUAUUCAGAGCUCGAGUGUGAGACAUACCUGGUGGUUCUUGGCCACCCAAUUUUUCAUCCCCGCCGUCCUCCUCCUCUUCGUCAACGUCGAAAAGGGACGCGCAGAGGGAAUCGAGUUCUACAAGCAGGAACAGGAACAGAAAAAGUUGAAGGUCGCAGGAUCUCAAACCGAAGAGGCCGGAUCUGGAUCUGUCGAGGACGAAGAGCGCGUCAUCAUCAAGAAUGCCGCCUAA